UGGUUCAUCAUCAUGAAGUCCAGCAGGAUACCGAUGGGGCCCCCUUCCUACCCUGUCCUAGGGGCGGACAUGGUCAACAGCACGACCAACAACAAAGGCAAACAAGCGAACGUUCGCAUGAACUAUCGCAUCAAGUCGUCCACGAACGAGGCCGGCGCAGCAAGCUUCUCGAUCUACUCUUACGUGGAUGACGUGGAGCACAAGCGCCAUCGGCGUAAUCCGUUUCAUGAGAAAUACGUGAGCUUGGCGCUAUCUCCGUUUGAUCUGCCGUCGACGGCCGCGUGCCACAAGACGGAUGGCAGCCACGUGGAGGGUACUAAUCGUCAUGAUGACGUGGCUGUUAAUCACGUCGCCACUCGUGACGAUGUGGAAGAAGCUGCCACGAACGUUCACGUCCGAGUGGAACUGAUCAAAUCCAUGAGAGACAAUCUACUUAAGACGACGGCAGAGGCUGUGAAGCUCUUGCGGAGGGAGGAUACGGCCAGUGCCAGACGGUUAACGCCAGCGGGCUCAAAAGCUGCUGCUGCUGCUGCUGCUGCUGCAGCGAAAGUCACGUGUCAGAGGGAUCGCGUCAGGGGUUCGAUCUCCGGGCAGCCUGAUAGUACUAGUAGUGUUAAUCGGCAAGCUAGCGACAGUAAGGAGGUGAAACCGGACCACGUGGCAGCUGGUGCUGUUGCUCCAGUUGCUUCUGCUGCGGCCACCGUACACGUCAGAUCCCAUGUGAUUAAGAAUGAAGAUAACGGAUUGAAUGAGAUGAAGGAGGGAGGGGGGAAGGAGGUGGGGGAGGAGGAGGAGGAGGGGAAGAAUGCACUAAAUGGCAUUCAUGAAGAUGACAAGGGGAGGGGCAAUGAAUGCGGAGGAGGAGGGGGGGUUGAAGAGGGGGCAGGGCAAUUCCUAUGUUGGACGAGUUACAGAAAGUUCUGUGAAACGUUCGGCGAACAUUCGAAUGUAUGCAAAGUGGAUAAGCUGCCUAAGAAUAACUUGGCGUCGAUCACGGCUUCGUCGAAUCGGAUGAAAAAAGGCUCGCUUGAUGGCCCUCUUGGGAGGGCGGGAAAGGAUCUGACAGAUACCGCUGACCUGAUUCAGACACCAGGGACUUCUGUUGGAGGCGGAGAAAAGGACAAAAUCACAGCAGCUGCUGCUGAAGACAAGAACGGAAUCUCUGAGAACAGAAGUGAGUCAGAACCAGGGGGGAGUGCUGCAGGAGGUGGGUCGGCUCCGGGGGUAGUGGCGGCACUUUUUGGGGGCGACGACACAGUUUUGAGGGUGCUAGAUGAGAUCGAAGCUGCUGCUGCCAAUCAUAACUUCAGGAAGAGAGAGCAUCUUUGCUUCGUUGCAGAGAGGGAGAUGUCCGUCCACGUGGAUGACGUCUUGGAUAAUUGGUUUGGCGGGAGAGGGGGAAACGACAACUCAUCAUACGGCGUGGUGAGCUGCGCGCCGUCUUCUUCUUAUCCCAUUGAAUUUCCCCGGGUCAACUUUUCUGAUGACGUCAUCGACAUAUCUUCAUACAAGAAGAGCAUACUGCCAGUGCAGAGGGAAAUAGUGCUCGGAAAUGACGCGAGAACGGCUGCUGCCGCCGCUUCGUCUCAGGCGCAGGAUUCGCCUGACGACGAACUGGAUUAUGCAUCGCAGAAAACGACAAACGAGGAUAAGGAAAUGGAUAAGGAGGAGAAUUCCCGGGGCAUCCGACCAGCCGCCGGCAGGGCAUUGUCGAUAUUUGACCUCUGCGAUAACGCGUACGAUCAGUUCGAUGAUUACCAUGCUGGCUACCCUGAAGAGGAGGAGGAGGAGGAGAAAGAGGAGGAGAAAGAGGAGGAGGAGGAGAGAGAGGAGGAGGAGAAAGAAGGGGAGGAGGCGGCAGAGGGGGAAUUUGGAAGAGCUGGGACUGCGCGCGUACAGAUGCGCGAUGGAGUGGAUGACUCGACGACAAGGCAAGCGGCUGAAGAUGUGGGCUUGUCGGAACUGCCAAGACUCCGACUUUCCAAAUUAGGAAAAAACACUAUGCCGAGAAUGGAAAACGACGAGUUCGAUGAACGACGGCGGUCGGCGGCGGUGAGUCCAUCUCUCCGAUCGAAGUUUCACGAAGUUGAAGGGUGUGACAAGGGGGGCGCCGCGGUCGCCGACCACUUACGCGGCGCCAGCGAUGCCGAGGUCGCCGACCACUUAGGCGGCCCCGGCGAUGGCGAUGCCGGGGUCGCCGACCAUUCUUCGAAAAUACGCAGAGUGCUCAGCAAGUUCAGAAACCCCUCUGGAGCUGGUGUACUUGAAGGCGAAGCUGUCGGCUAUGGCGGUCCUAUCUGUGAGGUGAUUGUGGACGACGAUAGCCAUCAUGUUCAUGAUGGAAGUGGUCAGCUUGAGAGAAACGACUUGCUGCCGAGAGGACAACGUGCUGCAUCGCUCAGCCAAUUGGAUAACAGAGCCGAUUCUUCAAUGAGAGGGUGUCAUCAUGAUGACGAUGGAAGCCGAAACGUCAAGAUCGAAUUCCCGCCGCCAUCAUCAUCAACGAACGAAGAAGGGAAUGAGAAGAUCUGUCAAUUGUCAAAACUGGUAAGAUUAAACCAAAGAGGAGGAGGAAGAGGAGAAGGAGGAGGAGAAGGAGGAGGAGGGGGUGGGGUUGGUAGCUCUCCUAUGGUUCCACGACGGAACGAAGACAUUGAUGGUACGUCAGCAGAUUGCCGUUCAACGGCAAUACCGAUGGACGUCGAAAACAAGUACUCGAAUUAUCUUGAUACAGACACAGGAAGUCCAUUGGAAGGGUUGAUGGCGGCUGCGAAAGCAACAGCAGGAAGAGGAGGUGGAGGAGAAGGGAGGGAGGGGAAAGGAGGAAAAGGAAGAGGAGGCGGAGGAGGAGGAGGAGAAGAAAAGGGGGGAAGGGGACAUAUUACCAGGGUAGAGGAUGCGAUCGCUUCGACGGUGAAAGGUGCAGAUUGUGACAACGAUGACGUGGAGGAGUUUGAAGAGAUAAACGUUUCUGGUCAUCAGGCACAUGGCGGUGGGGUUUGGAAGAGCAGCAAAAGAUGGACGACGAGGACAUCGAGGAAGCAAUCACAAGAAACCGAUCAUCCAUGUAGUAGUUCCUUAAUUAGUUCUCGAAGAAGACCGUCGUCGAGGGGAUCUGAGGACGAAGACGACAGCAACCGAAUCGACGAUAUCGAGGAGGUUGAUUGCAUGGCAGUGAGCGAGAGCAGCGAAGAAGAGAACCACGAAGACGGAAAAGUCCUCGUUGGUACACCUCGAUCCCAUAAGGACAACUCCUCUUUCGGGAAAGGAAGAGGAGGAGAAGGAGGAGGAAUCUCUCUGCUGAAACAAAGGUACCGGGGAAAGCACUCUUCUUCCCAUCAUCCGGAACAAGCUCAGGCCAUGGCCAUGGAUAUCGACGACAUCAGCGAAGAACGUCACUGGUGCGUCAACGUUAAUGGCACCGAUCACGAGAGGAAUGAAGCGGCAGCUAUGUCUUCUUCGCCGCAUCACUCUCUUGGUCAAAGGUUAUUAACGACACAGGGAGAUCUACCACCUCCUCCUCCUCCUCCUCCUCCUCCUCCUCCUGCUUGCACGGUGAGUGGGAAUGCUGCGAUCACAGGAGUCAUGGCAGCAGAUCCAUUCCAGGCGGUCUCUGCCCGUCUGUCCAGUCAGUUUGACCGCCAGAUUGCUGCCCCCCUUGAUAAUCAUCCGGUCACACCUGCCGUCCAGAUGCACGGAAGUGACGGAACCUCUUCGAAGGACUCUGAUCAUAAUGUGGAGGAAGAGGAGGAGGAGAAGGAGGAGGAGGAGGAGGAGGUCAAGACUAAGCGACACGUGUCACCGUCUGGUAAUCCGAGCCUCCAUGAGGGAUCAUUGAAUUCCGCAGGAGGAGGAGGAGGAGGAGGAGGAGGAGGAGGAGGAGGAGGAGGAGGACGCCAGCAGGAAGAGCCGGCGCUCACUAUGACGAUGACUCGAAUGAUGAAUAUGUGGGACUCCUCCUCCUCCUCCUCCUUUUCCUCCUUUCGUGUCUCGUUCAGUGAUGCUGACAUCGAUGACGCGAGCGCGAAUCUGAAAAUGGAAACAGUCGGACGGGGGGCAAAGAAGCAAUUCCGCCUGGUCAAAGAUUUUGAACAGCUUUUGCACCCUCUCGGGAGGGGUUCUUACAAAGUUUCGAAGGAUCAUGUUUGUGAUUGCUACGCCCCUCGGCCGUGCGAUCGGCGGUUAGGGGUCUUAGGACAUGAUCAUUUGCACGGGAAGCCUUCUUUGGGAGAACCUGAUGGGAAUAGACGAACAUGGAGGGGGUCUUUAGGACUCGCGGCCGGUCAAAGUUUCUCAGAUAUGAGACCCUCGGAGAGCCCAAGGUCCACGCUUUUUGGUUGCUGUGGGGAAGAGCAUUUAGUGCUACGACCCCAUCAUUCGAUCCAAGUGUCCCCUACCAUGUUCCAGGCUGCCCUAUCAAGAUCCAUAGACGAUCUGGUGGAAUAUCGACGGCUGCUACUCGAGGAUCCUCUCAAGAUUCCCGGCACGGUAACUGACUUCGACCUUGCUCAGUUUUGCGAUGACGACAACAACAACCUGCGUGCUGAGCACAAAACCUGUGAGGAGGAGGAGGAGGAGGAGGAGGAGGAGAUACCCCUCCGCCGGUCAAAGGAUGGCAGGGAAAUGCCGACGGCAGCCGGUCAGUCCGCUAGGGGGAGCAAUCAUCCGACAGACCUUUGGGAAUCAAUGAAAUGGCCGUUGGGGAAAGAGGAAGAGGAGGAAGAGGAGCCUGAGGAGGAGAAGGAGGAGAAGGAUGAGGAGAAAAGGGAGGAGAAAGAGGAGAAUGCUUCUUCGUUAAAGGGUUCAAAACCACCAGGGAGCGUUUUGCCACAGAUGAACGCAAUGGUUCGAAGCCGCGAUCAUCCUGAUCGAAGUGAUGUGGUCCCGGGUUUGUUGACUGCAGCUGCUGAUUCUCCAGGAGCUGACUUUUACAGUAGCAAGAAUGCUGCUUGCCUUGGGGGGCUUGCGGCGGAGGAAACUGCGGCAGUAGCCUGCCCCGUGGCUAUUUCGGGAGUAGAAGAUGAUGAGAUGGAGACGAUGAUGAUGAGGGAUGGGUUGGGUGUGGACUCUGUGGAGGAGAAGAAGAACCAUGGUCAUCAUCAACUUGAAGGAAUGAACAGUGGUCGUGAUGCUCCUGCGAGUCACGCACCUGUCCAAGUUCAGGGAAUGGCUCACUGUGGAGACGGUGAUAAAUGUAUGCCCUUGGACACGUAUGGGCAUGCUCAUCUUUCAAUGAAAACUCAAGUUGAACUUGAAGGUCAGCUGAUGAGCUAUCGUACGGAAGCGAAGGAAUUCUCUACUCGAACGACUUGCCAAGGCAAAGAGAAGGUCGAGAAGGUCCUGGAGACUCAUGCAUUUCAAAAGCUGCUACCUUCAGCCGGUCGGGACAUUGUGAGCAAUGUGAGGAGUAUUCAAAGUGCAAGUGGGACUCUCAAGGAUGGUAGAAAGGUGCCCCCUUCACCGCCUUCAGCCGGCGAGGAGAUUGUCAGUAGAGUGAGUGUUGAAUGCCUAAGUGGGAAGAGUGGAAUCACUGGAAUGGCAAAGCGGACGUUGGCGUCACCGGGCGUGCAUGACAUGGAUACUCAGGCUGCUGUUCAUUAUGCCAAUCCUCUUCACAUCGGUGAUGGCAUGAGCAUGGCCAACACUGGUCACGUCAAGGCAGCUGUCGUAACGGAACAAGUCCAAGGAGUUGCUCCUCGCCAUCGUCCCACCACCAUUAAAUCUCAGACGGCGCUUAACAGGCGAAUGGGAUUCAAAAACAACCUCAGGCGGAAACAAUCUUCAAAUGCAGGAGAUGUCCGAGACGAUAAUGAUGACCACUCUAAUUCAGCGUCUGCGCAAAAUCCUAUGGCUGCUAUCAGUGCUAUGGCUGCUGAGAUCCUCGAGACGACUGAAGGCAACAAAGAAGAAUCUGAAGAACAAGAAGAAGAACAAGAACAGGAAGAGAGGCCCGAGAGGGAAGAUGAGAGGGAAGAGGAGAGGGAGGUGGAGACACUGGAGAGGAUAGCCGAGAGGGAGGAGGAGGAAAAAGGUGAAGCCCAUACCAUCCGCCAAACUGCAAUGAAGUCGAACGGUGUCCAUCGUUUUGUACACAGUGGUCCAGAUGCUCCUGAUCCUUUGUCAGAGCGUCUAAUAUGUGAGUCGGGUGGAGGAGGGCCAGGAGGCUGCGGUGUUGAUUCUGUUGAACCAAUGUUGCAAGAACCGCGUCUGGUUGACAAUGUGCUGUUAACAUCGGCUGGUGCGGCAAAGAUUGAUUGCCUGGAGCAGAACAGCAGAACCUGUUCUGAACUUCCCCAUCAGGCUGGGCACUGCCAAGAACACAUUAUGAACAUGGAACACAAGUCCCAGGUCCCACAAGUCCCACAAGUUACACGAGUCCCACAAGUCCCACAAAUUCUGGACAUGCCUUCUCAACUCCCAGAUCAGAUAAAGCUGGGAACAGUGGGAACAGUGGGAACAGUGGGAACAGCACCAGAGAACGAGAACACCGAAGGUGAGGUUCUGAAGAAUCUGCAUCUUGUCCGGAAUCAGCCUCAUGACCCUCAUCAGAUUGCGAACGUGCUCAUGCAGCCUGAUGAGGAAUGCCGACCACGAUCAUCAUCGCAGCAGCCGCAUCCACGUCAGGCGGAGAACUGUGGCCUGACCUGUAAGCCUCCUGCUGAUCUACCAGCUCCAGUCCCAGGUCCUUGUCAGGCGCAGGAGCAGGGACAUCUCCCUGCUCAUCAGCAACAUGGUCAACACGCUGACGUUCUCCACUACGAUCCUCCUCAGGCUGGGCAUCAUCAUCGCAUUCCUCAUUCGCACGAAGAGUCUCAGAGUUCCGAUGUCUUGUUAUCCUCGCAAGUGUCGCAUAGUCAGUCCUGUGGAAUAACGUUUUCGGUGCGCUCUCAGUGUCGUGCAAAGCGGAAACGAGAUGUCGUCAAGUUGGAUCAACUGAUCGAAGAGGCGAUGAUCAAAGAAAGGAAGCAGCAAGAGCAUCAGCAAGAACAGAACCGGGGGACUGCAUUGGAGCCGCUCUCGAGGCUGCUGUCGGCGCAAAUCUCCACCUAUGUCACGCAUUCAGAGUCGAGGGAAUGCUCGCUGGGGGAUCUGUGGGGCGCGUGCCGGAAAAGCUGCAGCCUUCCUUACGCCAACACCUCUCCUCAGCGAUACUUCAUUGCUCUACUGAAUCUCGCUCACCACCAGAACAUCAAAGCUGACCAGCAAGGUCUAGGGAGGAGUGAAACAGUCUCUUCUUCUUCUUCUUCUUCUCUGGCAGUGAAUGAAGCUGGAGAAGGGACUGGGCAAAUCCGGCUACAGGGGUCUGAAGCGGGGACUGCUGCUCACUGCGACCUGAUUGAUGUCCGGGUUGUACAGUUUCUGCAGCAAAGAGGGAGGCACAGCCGCCACAGCGGCAGCAGCAGAUGACUCAGGAGGCCCAUUAAAUUAACCCUAGUGGAACGAGCCCAAAAAUGGAUUGCUGGAAUUCA